AUGGGAAGAAAAUUAUCAAAUUUAGAUAUAAAUAAUUCAAAUGUGACUGAAAGCGUUACUUCAGCUAUUUCCAUUCCACAAGUGCCUUCAUCAAGUAUUUGGACAAAAUUUGAUGAACAAGUCAGUUCAGUUCUUGGUGAAAAUAAUUCAACAGUAGGAAGUAUUAUUGAAAUAGACAAGUACCUGAGUGAGAAUCUCCUGAAUCGCCAGGAAGAUCCUUUAAAGUGGUAUUCAGACAGACAAAAUUUAUAUCCUAGAUUGUAUGAGAUGGUACUAAGAAGACAAUGUGUACCAGAGACAUCAGUUCCUAGUGAACGAGUUUUUUCUAAAGCUGGGCUUGUUCUGAAUGCAAAGAGGACCAGACUUACAACAGACAAAGUAGAAACAAUUUUAUUCAUUCAAUCGAACCUUUAA